AUGAAUUCCUUAUUAAAAUUAUUAAGUAAUAAUAUAGAAGGCAACUGGCUCUCUCAUCAAAGUAUUUAUUAUUUACAAGCAAAAAAAAUUAAAAUCAAUAAAUUUCAAAAAAAUAUAGAUAGAUUUGUUGAUCAAUCAUUGCAAAAUCAUAGUUAUAUAUGUAAAUAUAAAAAUUUAUCUAGUAGAGAAAUAAUCUAUAACUACGUAGCAGAAAAUAAUCCAAAAUCUAAAUCUGGUAUAUUGCAAAAAAUAUAUUCUAGUUGUAUUCAGACAUAUAAAUUAUCUCUAAAUAAUACAAAUUGUAUAGAAAUUAAAUAUCUCAAAAAUGGAAUUCAAUAUACAGAAUAUACUUAUAUUAUUAAUAAAAAUCUCAAAAUAUCUGUAAUUAUUAUCAAGAAAAAUAAUAAUUAUAUUGCUAUCUCUUUCAACUCAGAAAUAAAAAUUAAAUGA